CGCCAGUCGCCUCGCUGGAAAGGCUGCCCCCGGUUUCCGCCGCGAUGCCGUCGCUCUCCGCGGGCGCCGGCCGCAGCGCGCUCUCCGUGGCCGCGCUGGCGCUGCUCGUGCUCGUGUGCCUGGGUCCCGGUGUCUCAAGGGGAAAUAAGCUUAAGCUGAUGCUUCAACAAAGAGAAGCCCCUGUUCCAGCUAAACCAGAGGUGUCUGUCAAAGAAGAGCGGGCCAAGCAAUUUUUAAAUACUCUGAAGCGCCAGAAACGCCAACUUUGGGAUCGGAGUCAACCAGAUGUACAGCAAUGGUAUCAACAGUUCCUUUACCUGGGCUUUGAUGAAGCUAAAUUUGAAGAUGAUGUCUCCUAUUGGUCAAAUCUAGGCCGUAGUGGCCAUGAAUAUUAUGGUGGGUAUUACCAUCACCAUUAUGAUGAAGAUGCACCCAUUGGGCCAAGGAAUCCUCACACCUUCAGGCACGGAGCGAGCGUCAACUAUGAUGAUUAUUAAGCUUUUGUCCUGUCUAGUAGCAGCAGGUAGAUUGAUAACCCCUAAUAUACCUAUAUUCUUUUCAGUUUUAACUAGUUUGUUAAAAAAAUAAGGAAAUGGUUGUUAAAAAUGUUUUUAUAGCCACUCAGUAGCACACAGUGUAUAAGUGUUAGAAUUAAAGCUUCUUGAUAAACA